AUGCCUUUGAUAAUCGUCUCGGGACUCCCCACGUCGGGCAAGUCCACGCGCGCAAAACAGCUCCACGACUAUCUGGCGACGCGCAUUGCCGAAACGGACCCCCCCAAGUACCGACUUCAUCUGAUAUCUGACGACUCCUUGUCGAUAUCACGUGCCGUGUACGAUCUCUCCCCCGACACGGUACGCCUGCAUACCCGAUCGGCCAAUUCGUCGGAAAAGGAUGCGAGAGCUGCCAUGUACGGCGCAGUCAAGAGGGUCCUGUCAGACAGGGACUUUGUCGUCUUGGAUGGCUUGAACUACAUCAAGGGCUGGCGGUACCAGCUCCAUUGCGAGGCCAAGGCGAUGCGAACGCCAAACUGCGUCCUGCGGGUGGCCUGCCCCUUGGAGCAGGCUCGACAAGUCAAUGAAGAGCGGUUGCGACGGGCCAAGCCAAGACCGACGAGAACCGAGGGCUCUCCAGAGCAGGGGGCAGGUGAUGACCAUGAUGAUGAUGAUGAUGAUGAUGACAAUGAUGACAAUGAUGACGGUGGUCAAAAGGACCAUGGAGAUGCGGACCCGACGACGACGACGGAACCCUAUGAACGAAGCAACUGGGAUAACCUCGUCUUCCGCUACGAAGAACCCAAUCCCAUGACCAGGUGGGACUCGCCCCUCUUUGCCAUUCUUUGGGACGACAGCGAGGCCCAGAAAACAAGGACGUUUGACGAGCUGUGGGACGCCAUGGCCGGCGAGGGCCGCAGAGCUGUCAAGCCCAACCAAUCGACCGUCCAACGCGGCCGAGACGCCGGCGGCGACUACCUGUACGUCCUGGAACGCGAGACCCAAGACAUUGUCAAGCGCAUACUGGACCAGCAAAGCGACCAAGGUGGUGGCCAGGUCAAGGUGCCUCUGCACGCGAGCGAGAGGCAGGACUUGGUCGUGGAACUGCCCGCUGGCACCAAGGUUGGUCUGCCGCAGUUGCAAAGACUACGCAGGGCCUUUGUAGGCCUGAACAGGGGUGGCAUUGGUCUGGAGAGCGUCGGGAACAUGGCAAGCGAUGGCAUGAGGGAGGUUUUCGUGCGAUAUCUGAACGACGCCUUUGACAAGGAUGAGUCGUAA